AUGGCGGCGGGUCAUCCUCGUUCAUCCUGUUCAUCACAACGGCUGCCGAAGCUCGCAUUUCUGCUACUCGUCAUGCUAGCUUUUUCCGGAAUAGCAGAGGUGAGACACAAGCCAUAAGCUACCCGUCUUCACGAUCAUCCCUGAUUCACCAUUUUUCUUUGACAUGAUCUUCUCCGAAUCUUCCAGGCCCGUGGAAGAGGACGUUUCAGGCCAUCAGGUACCUCCUGAUUGAAGUAGAAGAAGGAAAACUAGUUCACGUUAUUAAGCACUUUGUAAAUUUGAGUUAGACGACAUAAUGUAUUUAAUUUAGACGUUGUAAUUAAAGUCGGUAGUAUUAUUUUCUCCCCUUCGGUGCAGACUGCCGGCCAAGGUGUACGUAUAGGUGCUCAGCAACGUCUCACAAGAAGCCUUGCAUGUUCUUCUGCCUCAAAUGCUGCGCGACGUGCCUCUGCGUGCCGCCCGGCAUCUACGGUAAUAAGCAGGUCUGCCCCUGCUACAACAGCUGGAAGACCAAGGAAGGCAGACCCAAGUGCCCUUAG